AUGGUGCCGUUGGGCCUCCUCGCUCUGCUACUGGCACUCAAGAGCCUCAGCUCCUCCCACGCCCGUUCCCAGGGCCUCGGCAUGCUCUGCCGCGGCGCGAGCACCGACGACGGCGGCUACUACUCCAUUGUGUCGGACGCCGACGAGAAGGCCUCCGCCGUCCCCGACGCCACCGCGGCAGCCGGAGCUCGACCUGCUCGUGGGUGUGCUGACCGUGCCGAGCCGUCGGGAGCGACGGGACAUCGUACGGACAACGACCAAGCUACGCUGCAGCCUACAACCAAGCACGUGCAUGACUUUCUCAAUUCACUGAGCAAGCUCAUGGGUGGGAGCAAGGACCAAGGCCUGGCAUUCAACCAGGCCAUAGUCAAGCUGCUACAAGAUCCCAAAACAGAAAGUUACACAUUAGUCAUGUUUUUAAGAACCCAAUCAAAAGACAUGGAAAAACACAGGCUUGCUUCACCAUGGUAUAUCUUCUAA